AUGUUCGGUGCAGGUGCAGUGCAGAAAUGGAUGUGUGAUGUGACAGAGAAUGCCAAUGUUGUGGGGCCUGCCGCAACGUAUGCUCUGGUUACGGUGAUCUUCUACUCAACAGGCGCCUUGGAUCAACCCAUGUGCUUGCCAGCUGAUUUCGUCAAAUCCAAUGCUACUGACCACGACGACCACGACGACCACCACCGGCGUCUUGCCGGGGGAGGAGGGAACUCAUAUUCUCCUAGCGACUACAGUGCGAAGUGCAGUUUGGAAGCCAUUUUGAAGGGAUGGGGAGUUCCGACGGCGACGGACAUUUCCUUGGCUUGGAUGUUCGCAAUUUUGAUCUUCGGCCCUGGACAUGCUGCCAUCAACUUCCUGUUGUUGCUGGCCAUUCUGGAUGAUGCGCUGGGAAUGAUAAUCAUUGCUGUGUUCUAUCCAGAUCCUGAUAAACCAGUUGAGCCCAUUUGGCUUCUGCUGGUGCUUGCAGCAAUGGUUGUAGCAUUCGGGCUGCGUAAGCUGAAAGUGAGCCGUUGGCAGGCAUAUAUCUUGAUUUCUGCGCCGCUGUCAUGGGCAGGGCUCUUCAAAGCCCAUGUGCACCCUGCCCUGUCGCUGGUUUUCGUGGUGCCAUUUAUGCCAGCAACUCAUGCCAUCGCUCCCAAAGGGCCACGAGAUCUAGGACUUGUCGACACCAUUUCUGAAACUAGCUCCAGAGAACUUGUUCAUACACAAUCUCGGAGGAGUUCUGCGUCCAGAAGAACUUCAGUUUCCUCAGCUCUGGAGGAGGUUGCCAUCAUUGCGAGCAAAAGUUUCAAAAACAUGUUCUACAACGAGGAGAAUGCUCCUCUACAUGUCUUUGAGCAUACGUUGAAGGUGUUGGUUGACUUCGGCAUGUUCUUCUUUGGCCUGCUCAAUGCAGGAGUUAAGCUCAACUCGAUCGGCGGUGUCACUGCCUGUGUUGGCAUUGCGCUCCUGGUUGGCAAGAUUGUCGGCAUAGCAGGGAUGAGCCUCCUUGGUCACUGUAUAGGUGCACCUUUGCCAAAAGGUCUGAGCAUACCUGAUUUGGUGGCCACCGCAGCCCUGGGUGGCAUUGGCCUCACUGUCGCACUCUUCGUGGCAAACGAAGCGUUCGUUCAGCCAGAGAUGCGUGGUCAGGCGAAGAUGGGCGCUGUCUUGUCCAUUGCUUGUGGGUUGAUCGCCUUUCUCGUCAACCGCAUAUUUGCCAAAGGCAAAGAUGCGGAGGAGGUGCAGACACCAAUCAUAGGUAUCACUGUGAGACAUGUUGAUACCGAUGACAGUCAAGCUUUUGGACGCCUCUUUGACGUGGGUGCGAGCGAGGAUGUCCAGAGCUUUCCGACGAAGCCGGAAGCAUCUGAAGACUCAAGCAACACCAGGCCAGAAAGUCCCACAAUCGAACAUGCAACCGCAAUGGCAGUCGAACCUGCAGGUCUACCCAAUUGCGUUGAUGAUGAGACCGCUUCACAAGACCUUGGAAAGGUUCUGGCAUGACGCGCCGGGGAUUUGCAGCUGUCGAAAUGGAACAUUGCAAAACUGUUCCGAAGUCGAUGGAAAGUGGGAAAUCAAGAAUGAUAUGUCGCGUUUCACAACAGCCGGUGCAGCGCAUCAGAACUUGGAAUGGAUCCGUGAACUCGUAGGCUCCGAGC